AUGGGACGCAGAAAAAUUAUUAUGACACCUGAAGAAGAGCAAGAAAUAAAAAGAGUUCGACGCGAAAAACAAAAUGAACUACGACGUAAUCGUCGGCGAGAUGAACAAAGAAAUGAUGAACCUAUUACCUGUAAUUCCGAAGCAACUGCUGGUCCAUCAAACCUUUAUAAUCCUAUUUCUAAUGCCUUUUCAGAUCAUAAUUACUUGGCUACUCAGCCGUUACUUCAAAAUAUAGUUGUGAAUCACGAUGUUCAUAUUGCUAAUAACAAUACCGGUAACAAUGUUAUUAAUAAUGUCAUACGUGAGAAUUAUAUUGGUCAAAUGAAUGUUUUAUGCAUGCACUGUACUGCUAAACAUUUCAAAAAUGAAAUGGUCGCUAAUAAAGGAAAUUCAUUUAAUGACUGUUGUCAUCAUGGUGAAGUAAAAUUGGAUCCAUUACCUGAUUUCCCAAUAAUUUUAAAAUCUCUAUUUGAAAGUACUCACGAAAAAUCUAAAAAUUUUUUUGAACGUAUUCGAAAUUUUAAUAGUUCUUUUUCUUUUGCAUCAUUCAACGCCAAUCUUGUUGAUCUUAGUGCUCAAAGGAGAGGUCCAUACUGUUUCAAAAUACAAGGACAGAUUUAUUAUCAGAUGAAUACAUCACUCUAUCCGUCUUAUAAUGAAUCACCGAGUUAUGGGCAACUUUUUAUUGUAGACUCCGCGGAAGCCGUAGAUUUUCGAGCUGAGCGAAACGCACAAUGUGAUCGAGAAAUCUUAGUGAUCAUUGAAGAAAUAUUACGUACGCAUAAUAAAUUCGUUAUGUCUUAUCAAAUGAUGAAAGAUAUAUUGGAUGAAGAAUCAGUCACUGAUGCAAGUGGUAAUAUUGUUGAACCGGAUUUAAAUUUAGUAUUUACAAUAAAACCUGGUAUGGACGUUCGACGUUACAAUUAUCAAAGAGCAAAUGAGGUUGCUGCAGUUUUUUCAACGACAGCUGAUGGUGGAAUACCAGAAUCUUAUGUUACUGUACGAAAUAAAAAUACAAAGACUUUUCAAAGAGUUACGUCAAUGGAUCCGAAUUCUGAGCCAUGGAUUUACCCACUAUUUUUCCCUCAUGGAAAUCAAGGAUGGCAUAGAAAUAUUUACCAAGUUAAUAGAACUAAAAAUAGAGUAACACGAUCAGAUUAUUUUAAGUAUAGAUUAGCUAUUCGAGAUGAAUUUAAUGUUUUUCUCAUGGGUCGACGUUUAACGCAACAGUGGAUUGUUGAUAGUUAUGUAAAUAUUGAAAGAGAUAGAUUACAAUACGAUCAAGAUCAUCAGUCAAAACUACGUGCAGAAUCAUAUCAAGGAUUAUUAGAUCACCUUCAGUCGCAAUUACAUAAUGAUGCAAGUAAAAGAAUCGGUAAAGUAAUGAUCUUACCGUCGACUUUUACUGGUUCACCUAGAAAUAUGUUACAUCAUUAUCAAGAUGCGAUGGCAAUUGUUAGAAAGUUUCAUAAACCGGAUUUAUUUAUUACAAUGACAUGUAAUCCUAAAUGGCGCGAAAUCUCAGAAAACUUACUUCCAGGUCAAACAGCUUCCGAUAGACCUGAUUUAGUAGCACGUAAACGAGGAUUACCACAUUUACAUAUGUUAAUUACUUUAGAUAAUAUCUCUAAAAUGUCGACUCCCGAACGAGUGAAUAAAUUCAUCUCUGCAGAAAUACCUGAUAAAAAUGAAGAUCCUACAUUGCAUAAUAUUGUUACCACCAAUAUGCUACAUGGUCCGUGUGGUGAUUGGUGUUUAGUCAACGACAAAUGCUCAAAAAGAUUUCCUAAAGAUUUUCAAAGCGAAACUUUAUUGGAUGCUAAUGGUUAUCCUUCUUACCGUCGUCGUAAUAAUGGAAUCACAUUUACGAGAAAUCAAUCACUUUUCGAUAACCAACAUGUUGUACCGUACAAUGCUACUUUGCUGUUAACUUUUAAUUGUCAUAUUAACGUAGAAGUAGUAUCGACUGUAAGUGCAGUUAAGUAUUUAUACAAAUAUGUAUAUAAAGGGCACGAUAAAGCAGGAAUAACAAUAAACGGACAAUUACAAACACGAUCAACGUCAUCAGUGCCAGAAUCAAAUGGCCAAUCGUCUAAACAGUCAGAAUCACACUCCACUAUAAAUCAUGAUGAAAUAAAAAAUUUUGUUGAUACUCGCUAUGUUGGACCUGUCGAAGGUGCAUGGCGCAUUUUAUGUAAGAAUUUGCAAGAUAAGAGUCAUUCAGUCAUUCGCUUACCUGUACAUCUACCUAAUGAACAAAAUAUAACUAUAAGCGAUGAUUGCGAUGAAAAUGGUUUAAUCCAAGCUUUACAAAAACGAUCAAUGUUAAUUAAGUAUUUUUCUUUGAAUGAACGUGAUCCAUUAGCCCGACGAUUUAUAUACAGUGAUAUUCCAUAUCAUUAUACGUUUUCUAAAAAAAAAGGCUCUCUUGUACCUCAAUGGCAUCCACGACAACGAUGUUUUAAUGUUAUAGGUCGGAUGUAUUCUGUUAGUCCUGCUCAAUCUGAGUUAUUUCACCUCAGAAUAUUAUUAUUACAUUCUAAAGAAGCAAGAAAUUAUGAAGAACUUAGGACCGUCAAUGGUGUGAUUCAUAAUACAUUUACAGAAACAUGUUUAGCAGCUGGACUUAUCGAAGAUGAUGAUGAAUGGAAAAGAACACUAAGCGAAGCAGUCAUUUCGAUGAUGCCCAGAGAAUUACGUUGUUUAUUUGUACGUAUACUUAUUCAUUGUCAACCACUUCAUCCUAAUGAACUUCGGAAUGAAUUUAAAGAAGCUAUGUCUGAAGAUUUUACAAAAAAAUUAAGGUCUUCAGAACAGGGGCAAAAAAAAGCUUAUAUUUUUAUAAAUUCAAUGCUUCACAGAGAGGGUUACUCUCUUGCAUCGUUUCCAAGCAUGCCACAAAUAAGCGAAAUAGAAAACAUUGACGUUACAGAGCAAGAUGUAUUACCUGAAACAGCAAAUCAUUCAAAUUAUGACAAAUUGAAUAUUCGUCAGAAGGGAGUUGUUAACUAUGUUUUAUCUUUAGUAGAUAAUAAUCAUAAUAAUGAUGUUAACAGUAAUUGUAUUUUUAUUGAUAGACCCGAUGGGUCAGGAAAAACAUUCAUUUACACGACAUUAUGUGAACUAUUAAAAGAUAAAAAUAAAAACGUAUGUACUAUGGCUUACACUGGUAUUGCAGCAACACUUUUACCGAAUGGAAAGACUGUUCAUAAAACUUUUGGAUUACCGGUUCCUAUGUUUUCUGAUUCGUCUUCAAAUGUAAAACCUAAUUCAAAACACGGAAUUUACUUGAGUGAUGUUGACGUAUUUAUCUGGGACGAAGCGCCAAUGUCACCUAGAUAUGCUUUAGAAAUUGUUAAUCGUACAUUGCAGGAUAUUAUGAAUAAUUAUAUCCCUUUUGGUGGAAAAAUAAUGAUUUUGGGUGGAGAUUUUCGUCAAUUACUUCCAGUACAAGCUCAUGCAACGAGAACCGAAACUAUUAAUUUAUCAAUCAAAUUUUCUUCCUUAUGGAAGCAUUUCCGCACAUUUUCAUUACAACAGAAUAUGCGGGCAUUGCCAGAAGAAAAAGAAUUUGUUCAAUUUUUAUUAGAUAUCGGGAACGGUAAAAUUAACGAUAUUGAUGAUAAAUUAGUACUUCCGAAUCAAUGUUUAGUAUCGACACGUAACAAUAUUAUAACCGAUGUAUAUCAAAAAAUUAUUAGAGGUAAACGCUAUCAUGAACUUACUGGAACUGCAAUUCUUUCGGCUCGAAAUAUCGACGUGGAUGCAAUCAAUCAAGAAGUUAUUAAAUUAUUAGAUAUUUCCACUGAAAAAAUUUAUACAGCAGUUGAUAGUACUGAAAAUUGCGACAAUGGAGAUUUUGAUGACGCUAUUUUAACAGAAUAUCUUAACACGUUAAAUCCACCUAAUAUAGCUCCAUAUGAACUUCGUUUGAGACAAUACGCAAUUGUCAUGUUAAUUAGAAAUCUUUCGUUAAGUGAAGGAUUAUGUAACGGUACUCGACUAAUGAUUAUACAAUUAGGUACAAAUGUUUAA